AUGCCAGAGGUUGCUAUAGAAACUUCUAAAGGCCAAAAGAGUAAAAUAGCAGAACUUGAAGAAGAAGACUUGUCUUUAGUUGCUUCUUUGAGCAAUAAAGAUCAAAUUUCAGAUGAACAAACAAAACAAACAAUAUGUGAGGAGCCUACAUCCAAUCAUAAACUUGAAACAAUGAACACAGAAGAUGAUAACAUCAUAAUGCAAAAUAAAAUAAAAUCAAACACAGAGAUGUCAACAAGCAACAAUGAACAAGAAAGUCAAUCAGAACAUCAAACAGUAUUAACUGAGGACAAGUCAAAUAUGGAAUAUGAAAACAUACCAGUGGACUUACUUGCAAGUUUGUACAACAAUGUAUGGGCAAACAAUACUGAUCCUAUAGAUAAAGAAAAUGAACAAGGUUUUACUGUGGUUUCCAGAAAAAAGCAUAGAAAUAAAAGCAGAAUUGCAAUCCCAAAAGUGGAAAGAACUACAGUUCUAGGGACAUCAGCUCCCUAUACAAAAGCCAGAGAACUGCAAUAG